AUGGAUCGCACUAUCGCGCGUGCGGUGACGGAUAAAAAGCCGGUCCCGGAGAUCGACUUUACGUUACAUGUUAUGGAAGAUGGCACUCAGGUGUCGACCUUGGAGCGAGUAAUUAAAGAGGUGCAAGCGCCGGCGUUGAACACCCCGCCGGACGACCUGUUCUGGUCUCGUGAAGACCCUUCAAAGCCCAACCUGCAGUUCCUCAAGCAGCACUUCUACCGCGAAGGUCGUCUCACUGAAGAUCAGGCGCUAUGGAUCAUACAGGCCGGUACUCAGCUUCUCAGGGCUGAACCCAACCUGCUGGAGAUGGAUGCGCCCAUCACCGUGUGCGGUGAUGUUCACGGACAAUAUUACGAUUUAAUGAAGCUCUUCGAAGUCGGGGGAGAUCCGUCCGAGACGCGCUAUCUCUUCCUCGGUGAUUAUGUGGAUAGAGGUUACUUCAGUAUUGAGUGUGUCCUGUAUCUCUGGGCUCUGAAGAUCUGGUAUCCGAAUACGCUUUGGCUCCUGCGGGGUAAUCACGAAUGUCGGCACUUGACGGACUACUUCACCUUUAAGCUCGAGUGCAAGCACAAAUACAGCGAGCGCAUUUACGAGGCUUGCAUUGAAUCGUUUUGCUCCUUGCCGCUGGCGGCGGUCAUGAAUAAGCAGUUCCUCUGUAUCCAUGGAGGUCUCAGCCCCGAGCUGCACACUCUGGAAGACAUCAAGGCGAUUGAUCGCUUUAGGGAGCCCCCGACUCAUGGCUUGAUGUGCGACAUCCUCUGGGCCGAUCCUCUGGAAGACUUUGGGCAGGAGAAGACUGGAGAUUACUUCAUCCACAACAGCGUCCGCGGAUGCUCGUAUUUCUUUUCGUACCCCGCGGCGUGCGCGUUCCUCGAAAAGAACAAUCUCCUCUCCAUCAUUCGUGCGCACGAGGCACAAGAUGCCGGUUACCGCAUGUACCGCAAGACACGUACGACCGGUUUCCCCAGUGUCAUGACCAUCUUCAGUGCUCCCAACUACCUGGAUGUCUACAACAACAAGGCCGCCGUCCUGAAAUACGAGAACAACGUCAUGAAUAUCCGACAGUUCAACUGCACGCCUCACCCGUACUGGCUCCCCAACUUCAUGGACGUCUUCACCUGGUCUCUUCCCUUCGUCGGUGAGAAGAUUACGGACAUGCUUAUUGCCAUUCUCAACACCUGCUCUAAGGAGGAGCUUGAAGAUGAUACCCCCACGUCGGUCUCGCCCACCGCCGCACCCCCCUCUCCUCCUGCAGCGAUGGAUGUUGAGAGCAGCGAGUUCAAGCGACGUGCGAUCAAGAACAAGAUUCUUGCCAUUGGACGUCUGUCGCGUGUAUUCCAGGUGUUGCGUGAAGAGUCCGAGCGGGUCACUGAACUCAAGACCGCUGCUGGAGGUCGUCUCCCGGCGGGUACUCUGAUGCUGGGAGCGGAGGGUAUCAAGCAGGCUAUUACCAACUUCGAAGAUGCUCGCAAGGUCGAUCUGCAGAAUGAACGUCUGCCCCCUUCGCAGGAGGAGGUCAUUCGACGCAGCGAGGAAGACAGACGCAUUGCCCUUGAGCGGGCGCAUCAUGAGGCAGAAAACGAUGCCGGGCUGGCAACUGUGGCCAGGCGGAUUAGCAUGUCGGCGGGAUCGGGCAAGACUCGGCGACAAAGGGAUGCUACUCGGGACUCUCGAGAAGCAUGA